AUGUUUUGGAAGUGGGAAAAGCAACCCGAAGACUUAUACUUUACUGUUCACUCUGCCAAAGUGAAGAAAAAUUCGACAUAUGAGUUUGAGCUGUCGUGGGCCCGUGGAGAUCACGCAGGGUCAACAUUCAAGAAAAUUCCAGACGCUGACGGCUUUAUUAAGUUCGAUCACGAGUUUUCCUGCCCAUGCACUAUGUAUGUAAAUAAAAAGGAUGAGACAGUUCGUCCAAAAAAUAUUAAAUUUGUACUCAAAAGAUAUACUUCAGUCACAGAGAACAAAAUUUACGGUAAAUUGACAAUAGAUGUUGCACCAUAUUAUAAGAAACGCGAACCAGUCCAUGUUAACUUUGAAAUGGAAUCAGGCCGCUCUACACCACCAGAAUUAUCAAUAACAUUUACAUUCAAAGCGUCAAAUCGUGAUGCAGGUUCAAGUGCUGUUAACGAUCAAGACAUGUCAUUUAUUGGAGAUACACCAGAACGCAAAGUUGGCCUUGAUGAAUGGGAUAUAACUGAUUUUGGUGUUGUUGAAGCAAAUACCGUUCAGCAAGUUGACCACGGCGAAUCUACACUCAGCAGCUUCCAGAGACCCGCAGAGAAAAAGAGAAAGCACGAUAAAGAUAAGCAUGACAAAGAAAAACGCGAAAAGGACAAAGAUAAAAAGCACGGACAUCAUAAAUCUAAGCAUCAUUCCGCCGAAGAAGGCGAAGAAAAGCCAAAAGAUGCCGAUAAAAAGCAUAAAAAACAUUCAUCGAAGAAAACUACGGAAGACCAAGUUUCUGCAGACGUAGAAGUCAAAGCAGAAGUCAAGGUCGAAGAAAAGCCAGCAGAAAAGAUUGCUGAAGAGCCAGAAGUGCAGAAAUCAGAUUCAUCUUCCGAAAAAGAAGCUCCAGCACCACAACCUGUCGAAGAAGAGAAGGCUGUAGUUGUUGAAGAAGAGAAACCAAAGGUCGAAGAAGAAAAACCAAAAGAAGAAGUUAUAGAACCAGAAAAAAUUGAAGAAAAAGUUGAAGAAAAACCGCAAGAAGAAGAACAAAAGGCUGUCGAAGAAGAAAAGCCUCACGUUGAAGAAGAAAAACCACAGGUUCAAGAAGAGCAUCACGAAGAAAAACAUGAAGAAGUGAAAGAGGAAGUAAAAAGUGACAUUGAUCUGAAAGUUGAAGAAGAAAAAGUGACACCUCCUAUUGAAAAAACCGAAGAAAAGAAAGAAGAGGUUGUUGAGGUUGUUGAAGAGGAGAAGAAGCCAGAACCAGUUGUAGAAGAGAAGAAAGUUGAAGAAGAAAAGGUCGAAGAAGAGAAAAUUGAAGAAAAUAAUUCUCAUGAACAAGAUGAUCACGAAGAAGAAGAGAAACCAAAGAAGAAAGUUAUCAAGAAGGGUAGAUUCGGCAAGUUCAUGAACAAAAAGAAGAAGAACUACGAUGUUUCUGAUUCAUCCGAAUCAUCUGAAGACGAAAAUCCAUUUACACCACCGAAGAAGGUUGAACCGACACCAGAACCCAAGCCAGAACCAACUCCAGAGAAGAAACCUGAAGAAAAGAAGGUAGAAACACCAAUUAAUACUCCACCAGUCGAAAAAGUCAAAGAUGAGCCAAUCAUGACACCAAAGAAAGAAGGAGAGCAGCAACAGCAGGAGACGCCGAAGACUCCUAAGGUAGCUGACUCCAAAUUACUUGAUUUAAUUCAAGAAGCUUUAAUUGCAACAUGGCCGGAGUACAAAUCCAAGGCAUUCAUCGACAAAAAUGGUAGAGUUGCUGUUCCGCCUGCUGCUUUGCCACUUUGCGCCGUUGCAUUGUACUGUGAUAUUUUCAAGAACAAACAGUUACUUGAAGAAUACGUCAAUCUUCUUCCACAAGCUCCAUUAAGUCUCAGAUCCUCACACCAACAGCGAUUUUACACUUAUUUAAUACUUAGUGCCUUUGCAUCAAGAUAUGCCAAAGAAUAUCCACAAACAAACGUCAACAAUUCACAGCCGAACUUAAGUAUAAGCGAAAUACAAAAGAACGUCGAGGAAUUCCUCAACCACGUUGAUAAAUUGGUUGAUGAAUCCAUGACAAUGUUCUUGAAGCCCUUGAUUCCAUCGUUUGAGGUCAUCCUCAACAGAUUGAUCACAGCCCGAUUCAAUUCCGAGAUGUUGAUGAACGAUUUCUCCCAAGUAAUGCGAAAUUCAAGGACAACAAUACAAGGAGAGCACACAGCAGCUGUACAUCGUGUAGCAUGCAGAAGAUUACAGUCAAUGCUCGAUGCCAGAGUCUAUUGGAAGAUAAUGAGUAAUCCGAACAGAUUUUCUUUCACAAACGGUGCAGCAUGGUCAUCAUUCUGCACUGCAUUGGAAGGAGAAUGCGGAGUUGCUCUUCCUUUGUCUUCCCAACUCGCGCAUCUCCUUAUGAUGGCCGCACAAGUCGCAGAUGAUUCCCAUUUGAGGGAAGAGAUUUGUCCGGACAUUCCUCCAGCGGAAGCACUUUAUGUCAUCGAAAGACUUCUUCCUGAUGAUAUGAUGCCUAUAAGAGCUGAUGCACAGAAGUUUGCAACAGCUGUUGGUUUGAAGACGGGAACAGUUAAAGAGGACGUGAGAAAUCCUGAACCUGUUGACGUUUCAUCUCUUUAUGACGGCGAAUUAUCUAAAGCAUGGAAGAAAUGUGUUGUUGAUGAUGUGUUGAUUGAUACAUAUCCUUUCUUACAGGAAUAUAAGAAAUAA